AUGACAGGUCGAUACAAAUCAUUUAAUUUAAUUCAUCAUCUACGUGAUGAAGCAUUAAAAUCUAAUCAUGAGAAUUCAACACGAUCGAAAUAUUUUCAAAAACGUUUCGAUUUUUAUUCAACAUUAUAUUCUCAAGAUGGAAGAAGUCAUUUAGGAUGUGGAAAUGGAUUGGAUUUUUCUUCCGAUGGUCAUUUUCUUACAUUAGUUAUUUUCUUUCAUCAAAAAGCUAAUGAUGAACAAAUAUUAGUACAUGAUAUUGAAAAACAACAUCAGAUUAAAUGUGCUCAUUCUGAUGAAUUAGUCGAUGUAUUUCUUGAAUCUUCUCCAAUCAAUUGUUUAUUAAUUCAACCAGAACAAAAUGAUGUAUUUAUCGCCGCAACUGAAGCAAUUGAACAUGAUCAACCAUCAAUUAUUGUUGCUGAAUCAUUUGAUGGUUCAUAUCAUUUAUAUACAUUUCAUCCACAACAAACAUGUUUAGUAGCUACAGCUAAUGCAAGACAAGAAAUUGAAUUAUAUGAUAUUCGACUUUCUAAAAGUCCAGUGCUUUGUUAUGGUGCACCAAUACCUACAUCACGAAAAAUCUCAACUAUUCAUAAUGAUAUUGAUGUUAAAGAUAUGAGUGUCACAUUUAAUAGUGAUGGGUGUCUUUUAUACGAUCUUCGACGUCGAUUACCUCCGGUACUAUUGAAACUUCAUCAAUCAAAGGCGUUUUGUCAGUUUGAUGCAGAUAAUUAUGUAAAUUUAUGUAGAAUGAAAUCAGGUUGCUUUGUUGGUGAUUGUGAUCAAUAUAUCACAACAGGUUCAGAUGAUUUUAAUGUUUAUAUUUGGCGUAUACCAGACAAUGAUUAUAGUAAUACAAAUCAAUGUCAUUCUAGUUCACAUCUUAAUUCAGGUAUUUUGUUUUAUUUCUAUAAUUUAGUAAUGGAAUUUUAUAUAAAUAGAUCAUUUUAUAUGGAAUGCACAUAUGCUUUUACAUGGGCAUCGAUCUAUUGUUAA